AAUGAUACGUUUAUAUCAAUAUUUUUCAUCUUCCACGCUUCUCUGCAAUUUCUCUAAAGCGAGCAUUCUAUGGUAUCAUCAUGGAAAAAAUAUUUUUUAGAGAUUUUUCCUCCUUUAUUUAACCUGUUGAACUCUUGCUAAUUUCCUUGAAACUAGGCUAGAUUCCCAUCUUCAACAUGGCGACUGCUAAAGUUUCCAAGGCUUCCAAGUGGUUCUCUAACAAGUCCCUUAGGUUAAGCCUUCACCGCCGCCGGUCCAAGUCUAGUUCAACCUCGAGCUCCUUUGGACCAUCCCCAACGUCACAUGAGGGAGACGAGAUGAAGGAAGUGUUUCGCUAUUUUGAUAGUGAUGGGGAUGGGAAAAUCUCUGCCCUGGAACUUAGGGCUUACUUUGGAUCCAUUGGAGAGUACAUGUCACACGAGGAUGCUCAAGGGGUGAUCAAUGAUCUAGACUCGGACGGCGACAGCAUGUUAGACUAUCAAGAUUUCUUGAAGCUGGUGAAAAGAGAUGCCCGCGAUGGCGAUGAUGAUCUGAAGAAGGCCUUCGAGAUGUAUGAAUUGGAGAAAGGAUCGGGGUGCAUCACUCCCAAAGGGUUGCAAAGGAUGUUGAAUCGCCUUGGGGAUGCAAGAUCUUAUGAUGAGUGUGUUGCCAUGAUUCAGGUAUAUGAUAUUGAUGGUAAUGGGGUGCUUGAUUUUCACGAGUUUCACCAAAUGAUGGCUUAAGCUUAAUCUUAUAAUCUGUGAACAAUAUUAAUAAUACUAGUAACUGUAUUAAGAGAUGUAUGAUUUUUUUUUUUGUAAAAUGAUAUGACACUCAAAUAAUAUGAUUUUAAUAAAUCGCGAAAAUUAAUUAAUAUUCAUUUAUAAAAUUUGACACAUCGUAUCAUUUUGAAAAAGAAAAAUGGUACUGUCUCUUUGCAUAUGUACCACUAUUAUUAGUUUUCCAAGGACAAGAUGUACAUGAGUGCACAGAUUCUGUGCCUUUUUGUGUUUUUUUUCUCCAUUUGAGCAAAAGCAAAUUUGUUGUUAAUUACCAGCAAAGCAAGAGUUUAGGCCUAAACAUGCAGGAAUUGUAAUAAUUAAUGGUUAAUUACCUUCUUUACGUUUUGUGGAAACAAAGCAUAUAUAGUUUG